UGCCGGCGGGCGCGGUUGCUGUGCAUGCUGGCGCUGACGUUCGUGUUCUUCGUGAUGGAGGUGGUGGUGAGCCGGCUGACGGCGUCGCUGGCCAUGCUGUCCGAUUCCUUCCACAUGCUGUCGGACGUGAUGGCGCUGGUGGUGGCGCUGGUGGCCGUGCGCUUCGCGCAGCGCACCCGCGCCACCAAGAAGAACACGUUCGGCUGGGUGCGCGCCGAGGUGAUGGGAGCACUGGUCAACGCCGUCUUCCUCACGGCGCUCUGCUUCACCAUCCUGCUUGAGGCCAUCGAGCGCUUCACCGAGCCACACGAGAUCCAGCAGCCGCUCGUCGUGCUGGUGGCCGGUGUGGCGGGGCUGAUCAUCAACCUGCUGGGGCUCUGCCUCUUCCACCAGCAUGGUCACGGACACAGUCACGGCCACGGCCAUGCGCACGGCUCUGCCCCACCACCGCCCCGUGCCAAGCUGCAGCGCUGCCCCGGCGAGGGUGAUGCUGCCCUGCACAAGGAAGAGACCAACAUGCUGGUGGAUAACUACAGUGGCCCCAAUGGGCUCAGCCAGGAGCAGCUGGGUGAUGUAGAGAAAGAUGGCAAGGAUGAUCUACAAAUGAAUGGGAAUGCUGGUCGUCACUCUCUGGACAUUGAUGUUGAAGACACUAGUGCACAACUUAACAUGCGUGGAGUUUUUUUGCAUGUUCUUGGAGAUGCAUUGGGGUCAGUUAUUGUGGUGGCGAAUGCCUUAGUAUUUUACUUCGUUUGGAAUCCUUGUCCCAAAGAUGGGCCCUGUGUUAAUCCAUGUGUCAAUAGCCAUUGUAUGGAAAAUGCUACUGUAGCCCCACCACUUUCCACAGUUAGGCCUUUGGAGCAUGUGGCUGGUCCAUGCUGGGUACUAUAUUUAGAUCCCAUUCUUUGUCUGAUGAUGGUGUGCAUAAUCCUUUACACAACUUACCCGUUACUUAAGGAAUCGGCCCUUAUCCUUUUACAAACUGUUCCAAAACAAAUAGAUAUUCAUUCUUUGAGCCUGAAGUUGCAUACACUUGAAGGAGUUGAAGCAGUCCAUGAAUUACAUGUUUGGCAAUUGGCAGGCAGCAGGAUCAUUGGCACUGCACACAUAAAAUGUCAUGACCCUGAAUCAUACAUGAAAGUGGCCAAGCACAUUAAAGAGAUUUUUCAUGAUGAAGGAAUUCAUGCUACUACCAUUCAGCCUGAAUUUGCCAGUGUAGGCUCUGAAUCAGGUGUAGGUAAUUGCGAGCUUCCCUGCAGAACUCAAUGUGCUUUGAAGCAAUGUUGUGGGACAUCAGAAAACAGCGCUGAAAAGGAGAUGGAAAAAUCGUCUACAAUUGGUAUUUCGUGUUCAGAAGUCAUCACUGAUUCUUCACACAGCAGAACUAGGAGGACUAAAUCUGAGAGCAUACCUGCUGUUAGGCUAGAGGCAAAUGCUGACCAAAACAAACAGUUUGAAUCAUCUUUAUAAUUCCCAAAGUGGUGCUGCUUAUAUUUUGAUGGCUUCACCCACAGCAUUGUUGCAAGAAGAAGAGACAGAUGUUCUGAGAUGUGUUACUUGGCAAACUUGUAUUUGCUGACAUCCCUAUUCUUGUCACUUUGCUAAAUCCAGAAUACUUGUUUUAAGGAACAUGAUCAUGUAUCAUGACAUGAUAUGCUUGUGUUGACUGUGGUGAAUGAGUCAGAAAGUGCACCAAUGUUGUAACAACUUCAGAAUGCCAUUUCAGCCGAGACGACACUUUUUGUUGCACUUCAAAUUUAAAAUAUCUCUUCCCAUGAAAAGUUACUUGAGAGAGAAGUAAAUAGGAACUUAAAUUGUGUUACAAACUGCUCAUUGGAGCUACGUUUUCCUUUAUUUGAUCUGUAGAUAUUUUAAUAUAUUUUUUAUUUAGAAAACAUAAGGAAACCAAAGUUAAUAGAUUUCUUUUUUUAAGAUAUAACUACUUAAAACUGGAAACCACUUUGUUAGUUUCAUGCAUUUUCCUUAAACUUAGAAAAUGAAAAAUGUGGACACCUUUUUUCUAAUGGAUUUAUUACAUAGCAUAUUAAAAAAAAAAAAGGAAAAAAG